UUGUAAUUACUACCAGUACUAUAUAACAAGUGGGGUCACUGUGAAAUGGCAUUAGCUAUAUUUUCUGCCGCAUAUAACUCUAUGACACGUUUCAACUAGGAAGCUUCCUUGACUAACAACAAAUAAUAUAAGCCACCAAUAAAUAUGUGAGAUUUCCAAUUGAGAUUGCUUCUAUCUUUAAUGCUUUGAAUAACUUAUUUUCUUAGUAGUGGGAAAGGAGAGGAAGGGUAGCGGAGUAACGGGUUUAGGAUUUGAAAUUCAGGUGCAUCUCAAAUUUCUAUAUAAUAAUUACUGUAUUCACAAUCGAAUGUGCUUUAGAUUCGGCUAAGAACACGGGAAGGAAAAUACCGGUGAAAUUUUAAUUAAUCUUAGUUAUAAGGGUUUCUAUAACAAAAUCAACCUAUUAGUCCAGUGUCAUGUUUAUUUAUGAUAAAUAAUUACUCCCUCUGGUCCAUAAUACAUGAUUUUGGUUGUUUGCAUACAAAUUAAAAAAUUCACUUUUUAAUAUUAGUUAUCAAUGAAAUUGAUCAUAUUAACAUUUACUAACUAUUCACAUAAAAACUCCUAACACAUACUCCAACAUUAUUUACUCCAAGGGCAAUGUAGGAAAAAAUAAUUAAUUCAUUCUUGAAAUCUAGAAAAAUCAUAUAUUUUGGACCCAGAAAAAAACCAAAAAAUCACUUAUUGUAGACUGGAGGGAGUAAUAUAUUAGAACCGGUAACUCUGAAUUAACGUGUAUUAAACUACUAAGCUUCCAUGUCAGCUGACUUUUUGGUAUACAAUUGUGCAUGAACCAAGGUAUCUAAAUGUUAAAAGAUGCAAUUCCGUGGAACCUGAAUAUAAAUUCUACGAGAAAACAAGGAAAAAGUUGUUGGAGAUCAGAUCUGUAAAGUGUGUAUAAUAGAAAGAUAUACUCCAUAUAUUUAGUUGACUGACCCAAAGUCUACGCCACCAGCGAGAAAAAGAUCACACCAUGCUUUGCUGUUGAGGAUUAGUCUUCUAGCUAAUUAUUCCACUUAGGACAAACCUCUCUUCUAGAUAGAAAUAGAAAAAUAAGUAAAUACUAAGAGUUGCUUUAAUGAUUGAUUAAGAUUUAAGAAGACUAACAAUGAGCUAAUGGAAAUUGAUUAAAAAAUGAACACAGAAUUUGAAUAGUAUUAUGAUAUUACUGUCGAUAGUUUAUAAGUUAGCAGGGAUGAGAGAUGCCAUUACCAAGCCAACAACAUGGUUCAUUUUCAACACUCCUUCAAUCAUUACCCAUAGAAACUAUCUUCCUUAGAAAAAUGUCCAAAACUAAAAUAAUCCCAGCUCCCCAAAUCCUUCUCUGCAUUUUCACUUUUGUCCAUUUCACCUUCCAUGUAAAUUCCCAGCCUAGCUCCAAUAAAGAAAAAACCAUUUUACUUCAACUAAAACAACAAUUUUCCACCACUUCUCCCUUCUUCCUCAACCACUGGACUUCAUCAUCAGACCAGUGCACUUGGCCGGAGAUCAGCUGCACACAUGAUAAUUCAGUCAGCGCCAUUCGUCUCGUUAAUCUCAACAUUUCCAAACCAAUCCCACCAUUUAUUUGUGACCUCAAAAACCUCACCUUUCUUGAUGUUAACUACAACAUCAUCCCUGGUCCUUUCCCUACUCUUCUUUACAACUGUUCCAAUCUUGAAUACUUAGACCUUUCUUUUAACUUCAUGAACAGCAGCCUUCCUAAUGACAUCAACCGGCUUUCGCCUAAGCUUCAGUACUUCAACAUAACAGCAAACUUCUUUACUGGUGACAUUCCUCCAGCAAUUGGAGGUCUAAAACAGCUCAAAGAACUUCAGUUUGCUUCAAACGCUUUCCAUGGCUCUUUCCCUGCUGAAAUUGGCGACUUGACAAAUCUUGAAUCUCUGAAUUUAAAUCUCAAUAAGUUUGCACCUCAAGAAAUACCAUCAAGUUUUACCAAGUUGAAGAAACUCAAAAAUAUCUGGAUGAGUGAAAUAAAUUUGAUAGGAGAAAUCCCAGAAAGCAUUGGCAACAUGUUAGCUUUGGAAUUUUUGGACUUAUCAAUAAAUGGAUUGAGUGGUAGCAUCCCUAGCAGUUUGUUUCAGACCAAGAAUCUGACCAUAGUUUAUCUCUAUACCAAUAGAUUGACAGGAGAGAUUCCUCAGAUUAUUGAGUCCUUCAAUUUGGAGGUUAUUGAUUUGUCUGACAACAGCUUAACAGGGAAGAUACCAGAAAAUUUUGGAGAGCUGACCAAAAUGACAGGGUUAUCUCUGUUUAUGAACCAAUUAUCAGGGAAUUUACCAAUAGGCAUAGGCAAAUUGCCAGUAUUGGCAGAUGUUAAGCUUUUUGGGAACAGUUUAUCUGGUGAAAUUCCACCAGAUUUUGGUCGGUUUUCGAUGCUCAGAGAUUUCCAGGUUUUCCAAAAUCAUUUUACUGGAAAAUUACCAGAGGCUCUAUGUUAUAACAAGGGAUUGCUUAUGAUGCUUGCUUUUAAUAACAAUCUUACAGGUGAGCUACCAGAAUCUCUUGGAAACUGUAAUAGUUUGAGGGCCGCUCGAGUUGAAAAAAACAGGCUUACUGGUAAGAUUCCUGAUGGUUUGUGGACAGCAAAGAAUUUGUCAACUUUCUUGUUAAAUGAUAACUUGUUAAUUGGUCAACUUCCAGAAAGAGUGGCAUCAAAUUUAUCUCAGGUUGAUAUCAGGAAUAACCAGUUUUCAGGUGAAUUACCAGCUGAAAUGGGUACUUGGUACAAUUUAAGGGUAUUCAGAGCAUGCAAUAAUCUGUUUACUGGUAAAAUUCCUGAAGAAUUGACUGUUCUUCCAAAGUUAACAGAACUUCUGCUGGAUGGUAAUAAACUAUCCGGGAGUUUUCCGUCGAAUAUAGUCUCUUGGAAUUCUCUUACUACUUUAAAAACCAGCAGAAAUCAGAUUUCAGGACAAAUACCAGCAGCACUUGGCCUUUUGCCAAACCUAAUUGACUUGGACUUGUCAAGCAACCUGUUAUCAGGUGAAAUUCCACCUGAGAUAGGUAACUUGAGGCUAGCCUCACUCAACCUUUCUUCCAAUCGCCUAACUGGUAGAAUCCCCGUUGAGUUAGAGAAUGCAGCUUUUGAUCGGAGCUUCUUAAGUAACCCUGGUCUUUGUGCAAGUGAUCCAUCAGUAGGACUUGGCUUUUGCAAGGGGAAAACGGGGAAGUCCGAUAAGCUCCCCGUCAAACUUCUUGCUGCUCUUGCAAGUGUAGGUGGAGUAGCAACACUGGUGGCUGCUUUAUAUAGUUUGUUCGUGUUGAGAAGCUAUAGGAAAAGAAAGCAAGAAUCGGUUUUGACAUGGAAGCUCACCUCAUUUCACAAGUUAGACUUCACAGAGGCAGAUAUUGUACCAUAUCUUACUGAGAAGAACACAAUUGGAAGUGGAGGAUCAGGACAAGUCUACCUCGUGCCAUUAAACCGUUCACGAAACUGUGUUGCUGUCAAGAAGAUUUGGAAUAACCAGAAGUUGGAUCACAAGCUUGAAAAAGAGUUUCUAGCUGAAGUUCAAAUAUUAGGCACAGUUCGACACUCCAAUAUAGUGAAACUAUUGUGCUGUAUAUCCAGUGAAGAGUCAAAGCUUCUUGUCUAUGAAUACAUGGAGAGUAGGAGCUUGGAUAUAUGGCUUCAGCAGAAUAAGAGGUUAAGCAAUGUUUCUGAUUUAGUAUUGGAAUGGCCUAAGAGGCUGCAAAUUGCAAUUGGAGCUGCUCGAGGCUUGUGCUACAUGCACCACGACUGCUCGCCACCUAUUAUUCAUCGCGAUGUGAAAUCAAGCAAUGUCCUUUUGGAUUCUUGUUUCAAUGCAAAAAUUGCAGAUUUUGGCCUCGCCAAAAUACUGGCCAAGCCUGGAGAUAAUACAGUGACAGCAGUGGCUGGCUCUUUUGGAUACAUCGCUCCAGAGUAUGCACGUACAACUAAGGUGAAUGAGAAGAUCGAUGUAUAUAGCUUCGGAGUCAUCCUUUUGGAACUGGUAACUGGGAAAGAAGCCAAUUAUGGAGACGAGGACUCGUGCCUUGCAGACUGGGCGUGGCGUCGUAUCCAACAAGGAUAUCCCAUAGUCAAUGUCUUAGAUGAGGCGAUAAAGGAGCCACAAUACUUGGAUGAAAUGAGCAAUGUGUUUAAGCUCGGGAUCUUUUGCACUAGCACAUUUCCUUCAUCAAGGCCGACCAUGAAGCAGGUUCUGCAAAUCCUGUUCCAAUGUAACAAUACGCUGGUAUAUGGAGAGAAGAAAAAUGAAACCGAACGUGAUGCUUCACCGCUCCUCAAGAACUCCAGACGGGAGAGGAUUGAGGAUAAUGAUGAUGUUGGUUUUAUAUCACUUAUAUAGGUGGAUAGAGAGAGUCAGAGAGAGAGUGAUAGGCUUUUAGAAUAAGACUCCAAGAUAGAACAUGUAGCAGUUUAAAGCAGAUCUAAUAUAUGAAGUAGUGAAAACUAGAUUGUACAAAUACAAUUUUAGAUUUAGAGUUCUGCUACCAUGGACUUGUUUUGCUACAGAAA